AGUUGGAAAUCUUUUAUGCCGGAGGAGGAAAUAAGUGACAGGAGGACCAAGAAGAUGGCAUCAAGCAGGAAAAGAGGGUUCCAUAAAUGGACUAUUGAUUUUACGAGUUCACGAAAACUGGACCGCCAACUGAUGACACAAAGUGCAGAAUUAAAACCUCCAUUGGGGUUUAAUGACAACCUUGUCAGUGUUCAGGAUCACAGUGGUAAAGACUCUGACCAGAAACUCAUUGAUAAACGAUCAUGGGACAUAGCCCUGGGACCACUGAAGCAAAUCCCAAUGAACUUUUUCAUCAUGUGGAUGGCAGGAAAUACUAUUUCUAUUUUCCCUAUUAUGAUGGUGGGCAUGAUGUUCUUCAAACCCAUCCAAGCACUCAUAGCAAUCCAGACCACUUUUAACAUGAUUGAGGGGUCUAAAACAGUCCUACAGAAAUUUGUGUAUUUAAUCGGCAAUGUUGUUUGCUUGGGAUUAGCUGUUUACAAAUGUCAAGUGAUGGGCUUGUUACCAACACAUUCCUCGGAUUGGCUGGCAUUCGUGGAACCUCAACAGAGAAUGGAAUGGUCUGGUGGUGGCGUGUUGCUGUGAUCUGUGUGGAAGUCUAUUUGUUGCAUUGUAUUUACAAUGGACAUGUUUGUGUUGUACCAUACUGUUAUCUGAAGAUGCAAAUCAGUGACUCACUCGAGACACCCCUUUACAAUAGGAGUAUUAGGCAAAACAAUGUAGAAGGACAAAUGUCUAUACUCUGCAGAACAGCCAGACUGGACACCUAUCCUUUGGGAGUACAAAACCAACACCUGUGAAAGACGCAGCAGAAUUCUUAAUCUGUAUAUUCAACAACUCAUACUGGACAAGCAUAUGUUUAAAAUUAGUACUAGACCGAUAUCAAUAUUCCAUAAGGCAGACAGAGAAGCCUCUGUAUUUAACUGUUUCUACAUCUCAAUAAGAUCAUUAUACAAGACGAAUCUAUCGCUAUUAUUUAUUUCAUGGAUACAUGACAAUUGAUGGAAUUGUCUUGUAUACAGUUUGUACUUCACAUUGUUGACUAGAAUGCCUUAACAGUAAUUUUGUGUGUAAUUGCCUUCAGAAUGUUAUGUUCAGCAAUAUUUUCAUCAGACGAUACAGUGAUAAACGUAGCAGUUGAGAGGCAUCAAGAAUGCAACAUACACUACAGCAAAUUUUCAAGUACUGGACUUUAUACUCCAGAAUCUUUCAGUUAAUUUCCUUAUUAGAAUUUAAUGGUGACGUUGGUAUAUUGGUUCAUGCUAAUGUGAGAGUGAAGUGUGUUAGCAAGACUUGGAAUAUGUACAUGGUCAUGAUAAGUCUACACAGCAUAGAUUGUCAGUUGUCAUUGUUAAUUCAUUCGUCAAUAAAUUUUCAAUUCUUCUCCCA